AUGUCGUGUCCCGAGAAGAUCGAGAGCCCCAACGAGAGUCUCGUUAUCCCAAAAUGGUUAAAUAAAUCCAAGUUUGAAUCAGUGCUAGCAAAGGAUGAGCCUGAUUACUCGAAGAUUACGAAUUUUACAGCAGUCGCCGCUGUGCCGCCAGGUGGUAAUUUUACAUCCGUCAUGCUGCGAGUUUACUUGGAUUUGGAAAUGAAAGGUGGAACACAGAAAAGAAAAUCGUAUGUCGUUAAGACGACCCUUGAUUCGGAUAAGGGUGGCAAGGCCGUAGAAGAGAUGCGGUGCUUCCAAAAGGAACAGCACAUGUACUCCACUUAUCUGCCGGAGUUCGAGAAACUCUAUCGUGAGGCUGGCCAUCCCAUUCAGCUAAUGCCUAAGUGUCUGGAAAUCGGCGAGAUGGAAGGAAAACUCUAUAUCAUAUUUGAGGAUCUUGCAGCCCAAAAUUAUGUAGGUGCGGAUCGAAAUAAAGGAGUGAAUAUGGAGCAUAUGCGAAUGUCCCUUCGCAAGUUGGCUGAGCUGCAUGCAGCCAGUGUGAUCUACAGAGAACGCCAUGGACCCUACCACAUUGACUUUGACCAUGGCUUUGCCAAGAAGGACAAUAUCCAACAUUCCAUUAGAGGAUUCGAAGUCAAGGCUCCAGAAUACAAGGCAGCCAUGAAAACCUGGGGAAUGGAUGAGAGUUACUAUAAGAAUUUUCCCACUACCGAGCAGUAUGCCAAACUCUGUUUGGAAUCCCUUCAUGUGGAUUCCCAGGACUUUAAUGUCCUUACUCAUGGCGACUUUUCUGCCAGCAACAUUCUGUACAAGUACGAUGAAAAUGGAUCUCUUAGUGAGGCUCUCCUGCUGGACUUUCAGAUAUGCAAAUGGGGAAGUCCGGCUCAGGAUCUGCUAAUGAUAAUAUCCAUUUCCGCGGAGAAUGAUCUGCGCUAUAAGGAAUUCGAUAACUUUGUGCGAAUCUAUUGGGAAUAUCUCAUCGACUGCUUGAAAGUACUGAAGUACGAAAAACCUCUUCCCCAAUUGAGGGACAUUCAGUGUUCGAUCUAUAAGAAAGCAAACACUUUCAAUAUUUUCUUUGUCGUGAUGAAUCAUCUGCCUGGUCAUCUACUGCCCAGUUGCAAGGAGAGUAACCUGCACACCAUCACCUCCACAGAAGAGGCAGGCAAGAUCUUCCGUUUGAGAGCCUACACAAAUCCAACCUUUGUGAAAGUAAUCAAAGAGUUUUAUCCAUUCCUCUGCAAUCGCGGUCUCUUCAAUUUCGAAGACUUUGAGUGAUCACAAGUUCAUUCCUCUUCCAGUGCAGCCCGCACUCGCGUCUA